GCGGAAUGACUUCCGGGGCGCCCCUGAAGCGGCGGGGAGGAGUGUUGGGCGGAGUUUCCGGCUGAGAGUCCUUCUAGCGGGGCCGAUUAUUGAAUAAUAAAUACAGUUUUGAAAAAAUGGAUGAAGAACCUGAAAGAACUAAGCGAUGGGAAGGAGGCUAUGAAAGAACAUGGGAGAUUCUUAAAGAAGAUGAAUCUGGAUCACUUAAAGCUACAAUAGAAGACAUUCUAUUCAAGGCAAAGAGAAAAAGAGUAUUUGAGCACCAUGGACAAGUUCGACUUGGAAUGAUGCGCCACCUUUAUGUGGUAGUAGAUGGAUCAAGAACAAUGGAAGACCAAGAUUUAAAGCCUAAUAGAUUGACGUGUACUUUAAAGUUGUUGGAAUACUUUGUAGAGGAAUAUUUUGAUCAAAAUCCUAUUAGUCAGAUUGGAAUAAUUGUAACCAAGAGUAAAAGAGCUGAAAAAUUGACUGAACUCUCAGGAAACCCAAGAAAGCAUAUAACGUCUUUGAAGAAAGCUGUGGAUAUGACCUGCCAUGGAGAGCCAUCUCUUUAUAAUUCCCUAAGCAUGGCUAUGCAAACUCUAAAACACAUGCCCGGACAUACAAGUCGAGAAGUACUAAUCAUCUUUAGCAGCCUUACAACUUGCGAUCCAUCUAAUAUUUAUGAUCUAAUCAAGACCCUAAAGGCAGCUAAAAUUAGAGUAUCUGUUAUUGGAUUGUCUGCAGAAGUUCGCGUUUGCACUGUACUUGCUCGUGAAACUGGUGGCACAUACCAUGUUAUUUUAGAUGAAAGCCAUUACAAAGAGUUGCUCACACAUCAUGUUAGUCCUCCUCCUGCUAGCUCAAGUUCUGAAUGCUCACUUAUUCGUAUGGGAUUUCCUCAGCACACCAUUGCUUCUUUAUCUGACCAGGAUGCAAAACCCUCUUUCAGCAUGGCGCAUUUGGAUGGCAAUACCGAGCCAGGGCUUACAUUAGGAGGUUAUUUCUGCCCACAAUGUCGGGCAAAGUACUGUGAGCUACCUGUUGAAUGUAAAAUCUGUGGUCUUACUUUGGUGUCUGCUCCCCACUUGGCACGGUCUUACCAUCAUUUGUUUCCUUUGGAUGCUUUUCAAGAAAUUCUCCUAGAAGAACAUAAUGGAGAAAGAUUUUGUUAUGGAUGUCAGGGGGAAUUGAAAGACCAACAUGUUUAUGUUUGUGCUGUGUGCCAAAAUGUUUUCUGUGUGGACUGUGAUGUUUUUGUUCAUGAUUCUCUACACUGUUGCCCUGGCUGUAUUCAUAAGAUUCCAGCUUCUUCAGGUGUUUGAUUCCAGCAUGUAGUAUGCAUUGUAUGUGUUAAAAAGAAAUUUGCAACUGUGAAUAAAAUGACUUCUUUAGAAGAAGCUUCAUUUAAAACAUGAAAGGAUAAUCUGACUUAAGAAACUUUUUACUAAGAAAAGGUAAUGUUUUAUUAAAUUUUAAAUUUGUGUUGUCACAGAAAUACCUGAAAUUCAGUAGUACUUCAUUCAAUUAAUUUUGUUUUCUAUUAUUUUGAGUUAUACUGUUUUCAAAGUCAUUAUGCAGUAUGUAUAAACUAUUUAUAAUAAUUAAAUUGGUGUGAUAAUUUUAUGUUUUUAUAGUUGAAUACAGAAUCUUUAUGA